AUGUCCACACCAAGCAACGUCCCAUCCUACUCGGAUUUCAAAUCCUCUUUCACAUGCACCAAAUGCAACGCUUUCAAUCCAUCACAAGACAUUCGUACCUCUCAUACUGGAGCUAUUCAUCGUGUGUGUUCGAGUUGCCAUUCAACCAAUGAUUUGUAUUAUCCUGCAACAGAUAUUGUCAUUGACUAUACCUAUGUCUCAACCUGCCAUCCUCAGUGUUCAUGCACUCAAUUCACUCCAACCUCUCCUGGAGAUAUCAUGUGUACUUGUGGACAUUUGGGAAGUUAUCACGGAAUGAAACAAGUUCCUUCUCAAUAUAAACAUUUGAAAGCAAAAGUGAAAGUGAGUGAAUUGAAGAGUAUCAAUCAGACUGAACUUUCUUUUGAUUUGUCUCAAUGUGAAGCCUUUUAA